AUGAGGAUGUGUGACAGAGGCGUCCAGAUGCUCGUCACCACGGUGGGAGCCUUCGCAGCCUUCAGCCUGAUGACCAUCGCCGUGGGCACUGACUACUGGCUCUACUCGCGCGGCGUGUGCAGGACUAAGUCCGUGAGCGACAACGACACGAGCCGCAAGAACGAGGAGGUGAUGACCCACUCGGGGCUCUGGAGGACGUGCUGCCUGGAAGGAACCUUCCGAGGAGUGUGCAAGAAAAUCGAUCACUUCCCUGAGGAUGCAGACUACGAGCAGGACACGGCCGAGUAUCUCCUCCGUGCAGUGAGAGCAUCCAGUAUCUUCCCCAUCCUCAGCGUGGGGCUGCUGUUCUUUGGGGGUCUGUGUGUGGCCGCCAGCGAGUUCUACAAGAGCAAACACAACGUCAUCCUCAGCGCUGGCAUCUUCUUCGUCUCUGCAGGUCUCAGCAACAUCAUCGGGAUCAUCGUCUACAUCUCGGCCAACGCGGGGGACCCGGGCCAGAGCGACUCCAAGAAGAGCUAUUCCUACGGCUGGUCCUUCUACUUCGGGGCGCUGUCCUUCAUCAUCGCCGAGAUGGUGGGGGUGAUCGCCGUGCACAUGUACAUCGAGAAGCACCGCCAGAUCCGCGCCAGGUCCCACUCGGAGCUGCUCAAGAAGUCGGCCUUCACCCGCCUCCCCCCCUACAGGUACCGCUUCCGCCGGCGGUCCAGCUCCCGCUCCACCGAGCCCCGCUCCCGGGACAUGUCGCCCAUCAGCAAAGGGUUCAGCACCAUCCCCUCCACCGACAUCUCCAUGUUCACCCUCUCCAGGGAUCCCUCCAAGGUUACCAUGGGGACGCUGCUCAACUCGGAGCGGGACCACGGUUUUUUACAGGUCCACAACUCCAUCCCCAAAGAGUUCAAGGAGUCUUUGCACAACAACCCGGCCAACAGACGAACCACGCCGGUCUGA